AUGUGCUCCGUUAAUGGCGCUCUGUCGGGCACGAAGUUGGUUACAUGUGGAAUCCCUCAAGGUUCAAUUCUUGGCCCACUCUUAUUCUUGAUCUACAUUAAUGAUCUGCCUAACAGUUUGGAGUACUCGUCGACAAGAAUGUUUGCCGACGAUACGACUCUAACUGUAUCUGGCAAGUCAAUCCAAGAUGUAGAGGUGGCCAUAAAUCAUGACCUUACCAACGUUAAACAAUGGCUUACUGCAAAUAGAUUAUCUCUUAAUCUAGUCAAAACUGAGUAUCUACUAAUAGGAUCUCGGUACAACAUAAAUAAUUUACUUGCUGCUCCAAAUGUAUUUGUUGGUGAUACACCAAUUAAAAAGGUCAAAGAAACAAAAGCGCUUGGAGUUCAUAUUGACGAAUUUCUAUUGUGGGAUAAGCAUAUUGAUAAAAUUGCUAAGAAGAUUUCAUCCGGAAUUGGGGCGAUCAGAAAGCUAAAAUCUUGUGUGGAUCAUAAUACAUUAAUUUGUGCUUAUAAUGCACUUAUACUUCCACCCCUAGAUUAUUGUUGCGAAGUUUGGGACACCAUUGGUGCCACACUUUCUGAUCGACUCGAGAAACUACAAAAUAGGGCAGCUAGAGUUAUUACUGGCCGUAAAAACGAACACGGUCAAUCUGAGCUUGCUCUAGACGAACUGAAAUGGAAACCUUUAAGUGAACGCAGAACACAUUUCGUAGCAAGUCUUAUGUAUAAAAUAACUCACGAACUGGCGCCAAAACGACUAACCAAUAUUUUUCAAAGGACGUCUUCCUCUUAUUACUAUAAUAUGCGAGGCUCUUCCACCAAACUCUUUUUGCCCAAACCUAAGACUGAAUAUCUUAAAAAAAGUCUUAGUUAUAGAGGAGCGAAAUUGUGGAACAGCCUUUCUGAUGAAGCAAGAAACAAACAUACUCUUGCUUCGUUUAAUUCAUGUAUACGACACCUGGCCAAUUAAUUAAUUAAUUAAUAAAAUAAUUACGUUAAUUUAAAAUAUUGAACAGUACUAACAUUAAUUUAAUUUGUAAAUAAUUAUAUACUAGUUGUAUUUGUAAAUGUAUUGUAAUUGUUGUUAACUGUAAUGUAAUGUAAUGUAUGACCAUAAUUUGUAUCAAUUGUAUUUUUUAACUAUUUAAAUCUACGCCCCCCUUGGAAAUCAGCCUUCGCUGUAGGGGUUAGCGUAGUUAAUGACUAGGAUGACCGACUUGACAACCAUUACAGGAUUCCACACAAAGUCUUUCAAGUUUUGGCUGCAAAGCGCUCCUGUCUUGUCUAAAUCGCUUUCUCUCUUCCCGCACGGAUAACCCGCGACGCCCGCGCAAUGAAUAUCCUAAUCUACCCGUAUUUAUCCACACAGUAGAAAAAUGCAAAUCUCUGAUAAAAGUUAAUCCUUUAAUUAGUGUCACCCUAACAACACAUAGAAACCGGUGUGCUUUAAUAUAGCUUAAAUUUAUUAAUCUUAUCCGAGUUUUAGUACUUUAAAAAACUACCAAUAAAAUAUAGAAAUCGCUUGACAAUUAUAUAUCAUAACCUCUAAUUUCCAUGUGUUUAUAUAACUCUAUAUAUUCUCUCGUAUAUAGACCUCAUAUGGCAGAUCGGGAUUUAAAUAUUAUUUUAAUUGUAGAUACAUGAUAACUCUUACCGCAUUCUAUUUCUCAGCGUUUUGACGCUUGAUAAGAUUUAUAUAUUACUUAACAACAAAACAUAUAGCUGUAUACCCCGAAUAUAUAAGUUUUGGAUAUAUAACACUAAUGCUAUUUUAUAUAGUAUCAGAUUUUUUACUCCUCUAGGAGCUAAAUUAAAGAAAUCACUUGACAAUAACAGCAAAAUGCUAUAGCUGUGCUUAUAAAACUCCAAAGAACAACAUAUUAUCUUGUAUAUAGCCCUAAUUAUUGUAUCACACACGUGGGGAGAACGCUAAAAAUGCGUAGUCAGCAAGUUUUGUUCAAUUUCGCCCGAACAGGCCCGCGUGACGUCAUUGCAUAUAAUUAUGACGUAUGUUAAUGAGUGACGUCAUUAUUCCUCCUCACUCCACCACACUCCACCACACUCCACCACAAAAAUCCGGCCCGAUCGGUACCUAUAUUACUACUGAGGUAUUGCAGUUCACCAGAGUAUUGUUCGGUUUGGUAUCAUCACCAUUCCUGCUUGGCGGAGUUUUGGAAGCGCGCUUAGAUUACGGGAAGAGCAAAGCUCCAGAAGCAGUGGACACACUAACGAAAAGUCUGCAUGUCGAUGACAUUAUUUCGGGGGUAACACUGUUGGUGUAGCAAAGCAGCGUAUGUCUGAAGCUACUGAUAUACUGAGCGAUGCAACCUUUUCACUUCAUCAACACCUUCGUUCACCAUACUUACCCGUUUGGAUGGUGAGGUGUUAGCCCGGGUAACCGAGGGGUGGCAUGGGACGAGUACUGGCCUUACUGUUACUUGGACUCGGGUUAAGAUCCAUGCCAGUGGUAUCUUGAGCAGACCACCCCCGCAGGGCCAACACCUUCACACCAAUUAACAAUUGGUGGAAAUAUAAAAGAACAGGAGAGAAAAAAAAUCUUUGUUCCUAAUACGUUUACUACGCUUCCAACGCACAAUGAUUACUAAUACCACCAAUGCGCGGCCAACCUCUUAUUACAUACUCGCCCGGCCCCCUUUUGGUCACAUGAUGUGCCGACGUAACGAGGCUUGGUUCCCUAGCUGUUAACCUUUGUUAUUGCAUAACCUCAUUAAAUGGGCGUCCAAUGCGAACGAACUGGACGGAGAAAGUGACAACAAAGAAGAUGGCGAGGAACAAACAGCAGCAAAACGAAAAUCCUGGGUGUAAAAUGGGAAAAAGAGAACGAUACACUAAAAGUGUGCAACUGGGAUCCAACAGCGAAAGUCCUACAAAGCGCAGCAUCCUUAGUGGUUUAGCGUUCCAAUAGGAAUUUCCUCACCUCUGUUAUUGCAAGGAAAACAAGUCUAUCGAGAACUUUGUGACCACAAUCUACCAUGGUAUGUAGAGUUGAAAGGAGCGAUUAAGAAGCGAUGGGAAAAAUGGGAAGAUAACCUGCCUGAGUGAAGUGGCUGUACCAAGACCAAUUGCACCCUUCCAAGAGCCGGUGGAGAAAUUGGAGAUUCAUGGGUUUGGAGAUGCGAGUGGUGAGGGACUGUGUGCAGCGGUGUACACAGUUGCAAGACAACCGUCUGGUGUUGCUCGAGUUACUUGCUGCGAAAGCAAGACUUGCGAAGAAAGGACUGACCAUAUCAAGGUUAGAACUUGUUGCAUGCCAGAUGGUAACCAAUUUGGUCAACAAUACAAGCAGAGCUCUUUGUCAUAUUGCACACGAGAAGCGCUGCUGGUCAGAUAGCACAGUAGCUUUAUGGACUACAGAUGACGUGCUCGAAGUCCCAUUCCUUAGUAAAUAUCUGGAAAUCGUGUGCCACGAACUGCGGGAAUGCCGUGUCUCGCGAAAUGACUCUUGA